AAGCGAGGCGAUUACCAACUCGUGUCGUAGAGUCGAGCUCUGUAUGUCAGAGAUGAGAACAUCCAGGAUGCGUACUCUCAACGAAUGUUGCGGCGAUGGAACUUUGACUGACAAUGAACCGUCUCUCGACAGGUUCGAGAGGUGUCUUGCGUGCUUCAAGAUGUACGGCUGGUGGUGCCGCUGAAUAUAUAACAGACGAGCAAUCCUCAUAUUUCCCCAUCUCCCAGUCCUCUACAGACUCCCAAACAGCACUUCGCUACUUCUUCUAACAUCAUGUCCUCCCUCCCCGUCUACCAAAUUUCCUACCUUACCAGCGCCUCCGUGACCAUCCGCACCAAGCUCCCCAUCCCCACUCCCGGCCCCGGCGAAGUCCUCAUCGCCAACGCCGCCGUCGCGGCGAACCCCAAAGACUGGAAGGUCCCGCACUGGAGCUACGCGCCGGACGAGGCGUACGUCGAGGGCAGCGAUGUCGCGGGCACCGUCGCCGCCGUGGGCGAGGGCGUGACGGAGUUCGCUAUCGGCCAGCGCGUCGCGGCGUUCCCGAAGAUGCUGGCGCUCGAGAAUAAGUGGGGCGCGUACCAAGAGUAUACGGUCGCGCCCGAGGCGACGACAUUCCCCAUCCCGGACAAGACGUCGUUCGAGGAAGCGUCGACCAUCCCGCUCGCUGGUAUGACUGGGGCGCUGGGUCUGUUCGUCAUGCUGGGGAUUCCCGCUCCGGGCAGCGCUGACGUUGCCUCCAACGAGGGCAAAGCGCUCGUCCUCAACGGCGCAUCAACCUCCGUUGGCGCGUUCACUGUCCAGCUCGCCAAGCGCGCCGGCUUGUACGUCGUCGGCAUCGCCGGUGCCUCCAAAGCCCUUGCCCUCGAGCUCGGCGCCGAUAUUGUCGUCGACUACCGCGAACGCAAGGACGAAGCCAGCCUGGUCCGCGCCAUCGUCGCUGCCACUGGCGGCCGCCCGACACCCUGGGCCUACGACGCUAUCAGCGAGGGCGGCUCCGCGCUCAUGCUCGCCCGCGCACUCGCCGAGCUCAACAAGGAGAACCCGGCCAAAGUCACCGUCCUCAUGCCGACACCCGAGGCGGAGAAGACACAGUUCCCCGCGACCGUCACGGACGUGCUGACAUACGUGGGUACCUCAUACACGGAGGACGAGAGCUUCGCCGCGCCUUUCUACCGCCAGAUCUCGAGAUGGCUGGCAGACGAGAAGGAGCCCUUCAUUCCCAAUCGCGUCAGGAUCAUGCCCAACGGGCUCGACGAUGUGGCGGAAGGCCUUGCGCUCCUCUUGGAUAAGAAGGUCCACGGCGAGAAGCUCGUGUAUCGUAUCAAGGACACAAAGAGCCUGAAGCCCAAAGCAUAGCUUUCUUAUCAGUAUUCACUCAUAG